AGCCGACCUUUGACCCCUCCAUCGCUAACUGUGACUUUGAGUCUGGUUUCUGCCGCUACUCCCAGGAGCAGAUGAUCGGGUCGUCGUGGAGGAGAGUGUCUGUGAAGCCCAACAUAUUUAGGAACGGAGACCACACCACAGGGGCAGGAUAUUUCCUGUUGGCUCACUCCUGGCUGAGCCCUCUCUCUGGUUACGUUAGUCGCCUGAUCGGUCCAACUCUGCCCGGGAACAUGAAGUACUGCCUGAGAUUCUACUUCUCCCUGAGGGGUUUCAACCAGACGGACCAGGCUCUGGCUGUGUAUCUGCAGCAGGGCAGCAGCCAGGAGAGGAUCUGGACUCAGGGCGAGAAGUCCAGAGGAAUCUGGAUCACAACGGACGUCACCUUCCAGACAUCAAAGCCUGCCAAGGUGGUGUUCGUCAGCACUUGCAAGAGCUUCUGGGACUGCGGCUCCGUGGCUUUGGACGACAUCAGCCUGAGCCUCGGAGACUGUGAGCUGACAGAAGGCUCUGCGUUGCCGACUCUGACCGGACACUGUGACUUUGAGGCGGGCCUGUGUGGCUACACUCAGGACAAGCAGAGUGACAGUGGAGACUGGGAGUUGAGACGAGGACCCACCCCUACCUCCUACACCGGGCCGAGAGCAGACCACAGCACGGGAUUCGGAUACUACCUGCACAUGGAGGCGUCGCCCAUGCUGUCGGGUCAGAGCGUGCGGCUGCUCUCUCGACCCCUGAGAGGCUCCAGGGGGCCUCAGUGUUUGAGCUUCUACUACCACAUGUACGGCUCAGGCACGGGUCAGCUCAGCGUUCACCUCCAUAAGGAUGGAGAGGAUGCGUUGCUGUGGAAACUGAGCGGAGAGCAGAGCGUUGCCUGGCUGAGGGCCACGGUGGAGUACAGGAGCAAUAUCCAGCAUCAGAUUGUGUUUGAAGCCACAAGGGGUUCAUCCGUAAGGAGUGACAUUGCCAUUGAUGACAUUACCUUAGAGAGCGGACCUUGCCCAGUAACGAAGAUAGAAGCCCCCGUGGGAAGCUCCAAUGAAAUCGAGUAGGAGGAAGAUCAGCUGCGUACGAUGCAUGAACCCACCCCGUGUUUUUUAUGUGCACAUUACAGACUCCUGACUCCUGCGUGUCAAUCAGAACAUUUAGUAGUGCGGGUAAAAGGAAACUUUUCAUGUAGUUCCGUUUUGUUGAAGCAUCACCAAUCAGGUGUAUAAUAGUCCGCAUUGCUCUCUGCACUGUAGCAACAGAGUAAGUUUAACUGUGUUUUUUUUACAUGUAUAUGCAUUAGAUUAAUGCUCAAUGCCAAAUAAAGCGAGAAGGUUAAAAAAAAAAAAC